ACUGUCGGAACUUUUACCGGCCGGGGACAGUUUCGGUUCGGAAUUUAUCAGCGGUAGAUCGUUGUUCGAGAAAAUGAGAAGGUGUGAGUUCCAGUUCUAGCAAUGUGACACAGGAAAGUUUUGAACAUGUCUGUGAUUAAGAAUUUGUUACUAUCGAUACUGGUACUGAAUGGAGCCGUGAGACUUGCGAAAUCAUUGGAAUUAAAUGAUUUACCGAAUUUGAUGAACGAGCAUGAACUGAGCUAUUACUUUGGAAGUGACCAUCGUGAAGAGUUACCUCUAUUUGAAUUAUUCUCCCCAAGUAGUGAGCCGUUGUUCCAGUCAGAAAAUCGCAAUACAAUUAGUGGAAAGCAAAGUGCAGUGCUAAAGAUCCCAUUUCAAGGCAACACAUUCAGCUUAAAUUUGCGUUCGCGAACAAAUCUAGUGACUAGAAAAACCAAAUUUGUGACCCGAACCGAGAAUGGAAGCUCGGAAGAAUAUCUCCAUCGUUCAACGAAUGAUUGCCACUACUUGCAUGUUGAUCAUGAGUCAUCUGCAGCAGUUACAAGUUGUGAUUUUCAAAAUUUUCACGGUAUCGUGUUCCUCCCGAACCAAACCCUGGAAAUUCAACCACUAAACAGUCGCCUUCGGAAUCUGAUUCCGCUAUUCAGUCAUUUUAUUGUGGAAUCGCAAAACCUUCACCUUGUCAAGAAAACAUCCCUGAAGGAUGUUAUCUAUGCGGAUGAUCUACUGAACCGCCAAAACCUGCUGAGCAUUGCCAACCGGUCCGACAUUCAUCUGCUCGGGGAUACUCUGGAGCAGAAAAACUACACCCUAGAGGAUCUCGAAGAACUCGAAGAUCUCAACGAACCAAGCCCCGCUGGAACGUCACGGCUGCGCAGGCUGACAAUCGAGCUGGGACUGUUCUUCGAUGAAGCCGCAUACCGAAUAUUCGCUCCCCACUUCGACAGCGAUGAUCUCAAACUGAAAGACUUUAUCCUGGCGUACGUUAAUGCAAUUCAAGCUCUCUACCACCAUCCUUCGCUUGGGAACCCAGUCGACAUCACCGUGGUUUAUUUGGAAAUAAUGAAACGGCAACCGAACGAUAUGCCCCACUACAGAGGAGAAAGAGAAUCUCUGCUGGAUUCAUUCUGCUUGUAUCAAAAUAAACUGAAUAAAGACGACGACAACGAUGCUAAUCAUUGGGAUUUGGCGUUGUACGUUUCCGGUCUGGAUUUCUAUGCGAUCGAGAAUGGAAGGAGAAAUGGUGUGACAAUGGGCCUGGCAACGGUGGGUGGCGUCUGUUUGGGGAAGUAUGCCUGCGUCAUAGCGGAAUUCGGUACGACAAGUGUUUUCGGGAAACCGUACCCGUCAGCUGGAUUCACGUCCGUCUAUGUGGCAGCGCACGAAAUUGGGCACAGUUUAGGAAUGCACCAUGACUCGGCGGGCAACAUAUGCGCAAAGGAUGGAUACGUUAUGUCUCCCUCGAGGGGAACGCAGGGUGAAACCAUAUGGUCAAGUUGCAGUGCGGCAGCUAUUCGCGAAUUGGCAUGGGCUGACUGUUUGUUUGAUGUACCGAUGAAGACGAAGAAAGAGUUGGAUGCAUGGAAGUUUCAAGGAUAUCCGGGACAGGUAUUCACCUCGAAAAAGCAGUGUGAGGUUUUGUUGAUAGAUAACGACGCCAUUGCCGUGCCGACAUCGGGUCUAGAACGAAUUUGCCAAAAUCUCCAAUGUCGAACGCCGCAUCGUACUGGCUUUUACUUCGCCGGACCGGCGCUGGAAGGAACCGACUGUGGUGAUAGCAAGUGGUGUAUUGGCGGAAGUUGUGUGAAGCAGAAGAAAAAACCCAUCAGCGUAGUUAAGGGAGGUUGGAGCGAUUGGGCCAGUGGAGACUGCAACUCGGGCUGCUUGGCGCGUUCGAAAGGGUUCCAGCAGCGAAGUAGGCGAUGUAACAACCCGAAACCGGUCAAUACGGAUGCUGGAUGUGAAGGGAGUGCAUAUGAUGUGGCCGUUUGCGACGACGAAAAGCUUUGCACGAAUAAGCGGCAACCGAUUGAAAUUUAUGCAAGUAUUAAAUGUAAGGAAUUCAGUAAGCUGCUGAACAGACUUGAUCCGGCUGGUCUAGGGAUUCAGGGCCCGUACGAUGGUUACAGACUUUGGAUGAGUUGCGCUAUCUAUUGUAAACGUGCGGACAGUGACGCCUAUUAUGCACCACGAUUUGAUUUGAACGAUCUCGGAGUGGAUUCUUAUUUCCCUGAUGGCACUUGGUGUUAUUCCGAAGGAUCAACAACCUAUUACUGCCAGCAGCACCAUUGCUUACCGGAGAAUUUUAAAACGUCCAAGAUUUCCAUUUGGGCCCUUACCGAGGAUAUCCCCAUCUCGGGCAAUGCCCUCCCAAUCCGAACGCACUAUCUGGACAACGAACUGUCCAACUAUCUCUCUAUAGACCGGUACCGAAGACCGCUGCUAAAGCAUUGGAAUUACCGUCCAACGCUACACGAAGACGAUGGGGAAUGGCCAGACCAUGAUUAUCUGGAGCUUCCCGAAGAAGUCAAAAAAGCCACCCACCGCCUACGAUAGCCUUUGGGUGGGUGCGCUUAUCACAUGACAUAAAAGCGAAUGACAUCAACCAUUCAUUACUCUCGCGUGAACAAACUCGCAAAUAUUCCUUUGUUAAAUAAAGUAAUUCAGCAGUCAAAUAUUUGGCUGCAUUUUUU